CCCGAGGCGCGCGCCAAGUGCGGUGCCGCGGCGGAGCGGCGGGUGCCCGGCGCCGCGCUUCUCCGAUGGCAGCGUCAGUCGCGCACGUGCUGCGCUGCCACGGGAGUCGCUCCCGCAGGCCUCCCUCCAGGACACGGCGACCUACGGACAUGUCGGCCUCUAGCUCCGGGAGCCUGGCCCUGUACGGUGCCUUGGUGCUCGUGUACCUGGGCCUGACGGCAGACUUCUACCUCACGUACCGCCUGACCACCGACGUGGACGUCCUGCGAGCGAUGUUGGUGGACAGUGGGUCGCGGGGAGACCGGACUGUGCCGUUGGCGAGGACCAAGAGACGCGUGCGGAGGCAUCGGCGCGGCGGCGGCGAUGACCAGCCGCGCGAAGCGGUCGACGACGACGACGCCGAGGAUAGCAACGUGCCCAGCGUGGAGUUCUUUCCCAAACCGCAGCAGGCGCCCGGAACGACACACGGCGGGGAAGGAUACGUGUGGCUCACGUCCUACUCCCGGAUACCCCUGGUGGUGCUGCAAGAAUUUUGCCUUUCGGCCAGGCGGUACUGUCCUUCCGGAGAAAAGGGUCCACCCGGAAUCCCAGGGAACCCCGGCUACAAGGGCGACCGAGGAGAGCGAGGCGAUCGUGGCUUUCCCGGGGAGCCUGGCACCACUGGCCCGCAUGGGCCCCAAGGCAUGCCCGGACUGCUGGGGCCCAGAGGCGAGCCCGGACACCCAGGUAAACCUGGGCUGGACGGCAGAGAUGGCCUUCCAGGGGAGCCCGGCCUGGACGGUGUGCCGGGAAGAGACGGCGUGGACGGGGUUCCGGGCCGCGACGGAUACCACGGCACGCCCGGCACCCCGGGAAGGCCGGGCACCAACGGCACCGACGGGAUUCCUGGUAUGUCGGGACCUCGAGGUCCACCCGGACUUCCGGGACCUCCUGGCCUUCCCGGCACUCGGGGCAAGAAGGGUGCGCCCGGCCAUCCCGGAGCAGCGGGCAUACCAGGUGUUACUGCCUGGAAACUUGGCACUCACAACGCUUCGGAGUCAAGCAAGCUCCUCAUUCCUCCGUCCAUCGUGGACACGGAACAGAGCCAGCACGUGCUCCUGACGGAGGGCGAGAAACUGAGCCUCCGCUGCCCGGCCACGGGGCAGCCCACGCCCACCGUAACCUGGCGCCGGGACGACGCCAGCGCCAUCCCUUUUGGCUCCUGGUACCUGACGUCGGUCGAGGGCGACACCUUCAACGUGAGUCGAACCACACGUGAUCACAUGGGCGUGUACGUCUGCAUCGCGUCCAAUGGCGUGCCCCCGCCCGCCAUGAAGAGGCUCAACCUGGAGGUCACAUUUCCUCCGCUGAUCAAGAUCCACAACUGGGCCGUGGGAGCCAGCAACGGCAGCAGCGUGCAGCUCGAGUGCCUCGUCGAGGCCUUUCCCCGCGCAGUGAGCGCCUGGCUGUUCGGGGACCAGGGAGCGGCUCUGCAGGCGGGGCCACGGCACAGCCUCCGGGAAGAGGACGCGGGCCCGUUCGGGAGCCGCCUUCACCUCCGCAUCUCGCCCGUGCUGCCGCAGGACUUUGGCAUGUACAAGUGCGAUAGCAGGAACGCCAGGGGACACGCCGCCGGAGUGCUGACUGUCUUCGAAGUGGAUCCGUCCAAAAUUCCACCUCCCGCCGAAGAAAACAGUUACACACUCUACGGUCACGCUCCUCCUCCUCGGAUAACGGAAGCGGAGUGUCCGGUUUGUCCCGACUGUCCGUCCAAUCACGAAUGCGCGCCCCGCAUCAAAGCUGCAGGAAAACCUGGACUCUUCAACGUGGCGAGCAUCAAUACAAUUUACAAUCGAUCCCACUGGCUGCCUUUGAAGCCCCGAGACCAAGAAUGCCGAGCAAGGCGGCGGUACCUGCUCAAGGUUGGCAAGCCAGUGUUGUUCCGGCACAACAACGCAACCUGGGGCUCGUGGAUGCGCGACAGCCACAAGCGGGCAUUCGACGCCAGCAAGUUCUGGGUCACGCUGGACGGGGACCACACCACUCUACUCGAGUACGUGGACAACAACUUCUCCCGGCGCUACUCCCUACCGUACGCCUUCCGCGGUAACACACAGGUGGUAUACAACGGAUCUCUUUACUACCACCACGAGAACACAGACAGCAUAGUCCGACUUGAUCUCGGCAACAAAUCGACCGCCGCUCUGAACCUAGCUGAAGAUUUCUCCAGCGCACGUCUCUUGUACGCCACGCAACACAACGCCAUGGACAUCCUGGCGGACGAGAACGGCCUCUGGGUCAUCUACGCCAGCAGCGGGUCCAGCAACACGCUCGUGAUGAAGUUCCACGAGAGCGCCAUGAAGACUGAGCGCGUGUGGAACCUCACCUUAGACCACCGGACAGUGGGUGAGAUGUUCAUCGUGUGUGGCGUCUUGUACGCGGUGAACAGUGUCCACGAUGUGGCGACGCGCAUCAACUUCGCUUUCGACCUGUACGAGGAGACAGCCAUUGAGAUGGCCCUCAACUUCAGCAACCCUUUCCGCAACACGUCCAUGGUCAGCUACAAUCCAAGCGACGGCUCUAUCUACACUUGGGACUUGGGACACCAGCUUUUGUACCCGCUUCUAUUCACCAACGUCAGCACGCAUCACGAUGUCUGAAGUUUCUCGACCACUCGUCUAGAAUGAGUGCAUUUUCUGUGUGGCAUCGAGUUCUCAGUGCUUCGGGACCACACGUUUGCAAACCAAAGACGUCUGGGAAUGAAAUGGAUUUUCUGCCUCAGUUUGGGCAUUUUAUUUCUGCCAGCUGUAAAGCCCGUGGGCCUAACUUUCUUGAGGUGGUCCUCAUAAUGCUGACAAGAAAGAUUCAGCCAUUUUUGUUAGGAAUGAUGGAACGACACCUUGGAAGAACCUUGAACCAAGGUCUAUCUUUCGUUGUCCUGUGACGAGGCAUUUUGUUUAUUAAAGGCUAUGUAAGUAAGAAAAACAUAAACCAUAUUACAUACGUAUGUAAUAAUUUAUUUUGGCUCGUAGAAAGCGCGACAUUGAUCAGAGGAAAACACAGUGGCGAGAUAGAGCCAUCAUAUUUAUAAUUGGUAGAACAAAAAUGUAAAAAAAACAAAAAAACUGACGCGUAAUUCCGUCUAAUUUGAGGCUUUUUUAUGGAGGAUGACUUGAACUAAAAAAAUAGGAUUUAUUGUUCUUCUUAAAUCUUCCUAAAAGUUUUGUUUAUGCUCUGAAAUACCCCACGCGACGCUUGUGAUCUUCUGAACGCAAAGAUGUUCGUUCCAAAAAAAAACAAAAAAACGUAUUUUGUUUUCAAAUGACGGCAGAGUGUUCCAAUUGCUACAGAAAAAAAAAAUCAUGAUAGCAACCCCGUGCGUUCUCUUUAAAAUGACAAACAAUUAAAAGCAGACAAAGGGUUUGAUAUGGCUGAAGAAGAAUGAAAGUGCCGUUCAUUGAGAAACAUUUUUUAAUACAAAAAUAAAGACCCUUCUGAAUGCUUGUUGUGCUGAAUAUGGAGGCCAAAACGAGUAUCAAAACCUCUUCAAGGUAGGUAUAUCGAAAACGAAAAAAAAAAAAAA